UUUUUGGAUUCACUCAAUCAUCAAAUUCAAGAACCUUCCAUUCAAUUUCAUACGCCCCUCUUUCAAUGGGUUUGUGACUUAUGAAUGUGACUCAUUUGUAUUGACUCGUUACGUAGAGGUGUCCUUGUUCUCCUUCGUUGUGAAGUUAACUCAUUUGCCACUUGCAAAACUCUUGCUCACACUCAUAUAGCGCGCAAAUCACAUAUUAAAAUCGCGUAAAAAAAUCGGCAGAGAGAGAAAAAAAAAAAAAAGAGGAGGAAACUUUCAACAAUUUCGUUUUCAUUAAUCUUAAUUCUAUACGUCUUUCUUCACGAUCUUCUCUGUUCUUCCUUUUUUGAAAUUCUUUGCUUUCCAUUGUUGUUAAUUGAAGGGGAGUAAAACGUUGUUAAAUAUGUUUGCCAGACUUUUUGGUGCUAAAGCUAGGGAUGCGGCUACAAAUGAGAUGACUUUGUCUACGUUAGAUAAAUUGAAUGAGACACUUCAAAUGCUAGAGAAGAAAGAGCAGCUUCUAAUGAAAAAGGCUGCUGCAGAAGUUGAGAAGGCAAAAGAAUUUACAAGAGCCAAGAACAAACGUGCUGCAAUACAAUGUUUAAAGAGGAAGAGGUUGUAUGAACAGCAAGUUGAGCAGGUUGGAAAUUUUCAACUGCGAAUUCAUGAUCAGAUCAUUAUGCUCGAUUCUGCAAAAGCAACAACAGAGACAGUUGAUGCGUUAAGAUCUGGUGCUAAUGCUAUGAAGGCUAUGCAAAAAGCAACAAACAUUGAUGAUGUGGACAAGACAAUGGAUGAGAUCAAUGAGCAAACGGAUAGUUUGAGACAGAUACAGGAGGCACUAGCUGCUCCUAUUGGUAUAGCUGAUUUUGACGAGGAUGAAUUGGAAGCCGAGCUUGAAGAACUUGAAGGAGCUGAGUUGGAAGAACAACUUCUACAGCCAGCUACGACUGCCCCUAUGGCUCCAGUACAUGUUCCUGCUGGAAAGCUACCUGUAAGGCCCACGCCCCAGAAGAGCUCCGAGGAAGAUGAACUUGCUGCAUUGCAAGCUGAGAUGGCACUUUGAACAUUGUCUCAUUACAUGUUUAUAUAUUCCUGUGCCAGAAAAGAAAACAGCUGGUAAAGGAAAAGAAAAUUGUUUAUUGAUCGAUUAUCAUGGGUAUAGUAAUCCUGAGUGUUGAUAGCUUCUUUUUUGUCAUGUAUUACUACAUCCUCUCGUUCUUGCUCGUGCUACAUGUUAAUGCAAAUAGUCUAUUUGUUGGGUGUAAUAAAAGAUGUACACUCUCUUUGUUGAGUUAUCACGAAGUAUCACUUAUCAAAAAUUAACGGUAAUACUGUACA